AUGGAGUCCGCUACUACGUCCCAUACUAGCAAUGGAGAUGGCAUUAGCAAUGGCGCUUCAUUAAGUAAUCCUAAUCCUAAUCACAAUCCGAAUCCUAAUCAUAAUUCCGAUCACCCUAUUUCCAACAAACCGGAAACCCAGAUUACCACCACACCCCAAUCCCCCGAACCAUCUUCCUCGGCGCUAAAUUCAAUCGAAUCCCCCUCAACUUCACCCAUCUCUGCAACAAUUCCCCCUUACUGGCAACAAUCACAAGCGCGCCCUCUUUCUUAUGUUUCGAUCGAUUCAAUUCAUCCUAGCGGUAUAACGCUCCAGGAUAAUACCGCAGAUGGGGAUGAGGAGGGAGAUGCAAAUGGGAGGGAUAAAAAUGAAGCUUGUUGGGCGAGGAGUGUAGCCAUUGAGGAUUAUGUGGUUGUAAACGGGAGUGGGAUUGGGGGGAUGGGAAAUAUGAGUAAGGGACUUGGGAUUGGCGGAAGCAUUGGAGGAGGCAUUGGUGCAUUUGUGGUUUGGAAUGUUAGGGUUGAUACAUUGGAGGGCACUCCAAUAAUAAUCCGCAAGCGCUACAGCGAAUUCUCAGAUCUGAGAACGAAACUCCUACGUACAUUCCCCAAUUCCGCGGGCACCAUCCCGGAGUUGCCGAGAAAAAGUGUGAUAUCGAAGUUUAGGCCGAAGUUUUUGGAAAAUAGGCGGAGUGGUUUACAGUAUUUUCUCAAUUGUAUAUUACUUAAUCCCGAAUUCUCGAGUUCGCCUGUGUUGAAGGAAUUCCUCUUUUCAUAA